UUUUUUUUUAUAAUAUUUUUUCGACAGUUGCCAACGUUCAAAAUCUCCCUUUUAAUCCUUUUGAUUAAGCUAAAGACCCGCAUUAGUCCCUAUCCACGUGUCGAAUGCUUUGUUGUUAAAUUCUUAACACCCUCUCGUCACCCGGCAGUUUCAUAAUCCGCCAAUUUUCUAUCUUGCAGGAUCUUGCCGCCUGCACUUUUAGCAGUUGGCUUCGUCGGAGAAACCAACCGCGAAGCUCUACAUUCUAACGGCGGCUCUUUGCCUUUCAUGCGAUGUCGUUUCUCCGGUUGCUCCGUUGAUGGCCAACUUCUUCUUUCACACAUUAAUCCAUCAGCUAAUCCUUGAUCUUUCAUUCCGUAUUACACAUUUGCAUAAUACCAUUUGAUAGUUCUUGCUCCUUAGCAUAUCAUAUGAUGGCGGGGGAGUCUCCGGCUUCCGGUAUGUAUCUCUAUGGUGACCUUGAUUUGAAGAUCAUUGAAGCUAGGCGGUUGCCCAACAUGGAUGUUUUGACUGUCCGUUUUCGCCGGUGUUUUGCCACCUGUGAUGGAUGCCGGGAAACUAAGAUCAAGCGUCAACAACACCAAGGUAAAAUCGUUACUAGCGACCCUUAUGUUACGGUUUGCCUUGUGGGAGCCACGGUGGCUCGCACUCGCGUCAUUCCCAACACCCAAAAUCCUUUCUGGAACGAGCGUUUCAAAAUUCCGCUUGCUCACCCGGCCAGCCAGGUGGAGUUUCACGUAAAAAAUAACGACGUAUUUGGCGCCGAUUUGAUAGGAGUUGCAACUGUUCCGGUCGAGAAGAUCCUUACCGGCGAAAUGAUUAGCGAUUGGUUUCCUAUACUCGGUCCUUACGGAAAACCGCCGAAGGCAGAUAGCGCUGUACGCGUUGAAAUGAAAUUCAUGCAAUGCAAGGAGAACCCAUUGUACCAAUGCGGCAUCGCCACAAGUCCAAAGGAUUCUGGCAUUCAGAAUUGCUAUUUCCCUGUCCGCCACGGCGGGUCCGUUACGCUGUAUCAAGACGCGCACGCGGCGGACUCUAAGUUGCCGGAUAUUGAAUUGGAGAACGGCGACUUAUUUAAGCGUGAGCAGUGCUGGGAGGACAUUUGUCACGCAAUACUAGAAGCGCAUCAUAUGGUGUACGUAGUGGGUUGGUCGAUUUAUCAUAAGGUCAAAUUAGUGAGAGAGCCCACAAAGCCAUUGCCAAGCGGUGGGAAUUUGAAUCUGGGGGAUUUGCUCAAGUACAAAUCGCAAGAAGGUGUUAGGGUUCUGAUGCUGGUUUGGGACGAUAAGACUUCUCAUAGCAAAUUUUUCAUAAAUACGACCGGAGUGAUGCAAACGCAUGAUGAAGAAACACGCAAGUUUUUCAGGCAUUCUUCUGUUAAUUGUGUGUUAUCGCCGCGUUAUGCCAGCAGUAAGCUUAGCAUUUUCAAGCAACAGGUUGUUGGGACCCUCUUUACGCAUCACCAGAAAUGUGUGAUUGUGGAUUCACAAGCAUCUGGAAAUAAUCGGAAGAUAACUGCUUUUAUAGGAGGCCUUGAUCUUUGCGAUGGCCGUUAUGAUACACCAGAACAUCGGUUAUUUCAGGAUCUAGACACUGUAUUUCAGGAUGAUUUUCAUAACCCAACAUUUUCUGCAGGAAUCAGGUGUCCUCGGGAACCGUGGCAUGAUUUGCAUUGCAGAAUUGAAGGACCUGCUGCAUAUGAUAUUCUCACAAACUUUGAGCAGCGUUGGAAAAAAGCCGCAAGAUGGUCAGAAUUUGGACGACGUUUUAAAAGGGUAACUCAUUGGCAUGAUGAUUCUUUAAUAAAGUUGGACCGGAUUUCAUGGAUACUUAGUCCUGGCCCCUCAAUUCCACAUGAUGAUCCUCAACUAUGGGUAUCCGAUAAAGAUGAUCCUGAAAGCUGGCAUGUUCAGGUUUUCCGGUCUAUAGAUUCAGGAUCCUUGAAAGGGUUUCCAAGAGAUGUUUUUCAAGCUGAGUCUCAGAACCUUGUUUGUGCCAAAAAUCUGGUGAUUGAUAAGAGUAUCCAAACAGCAUAUAUUCAAGCUAUCAGAUCUGCCCAACACUUUAUAUAUAUCGAGAAUCAAUAUUUCAUUGGAUCAUCAUAUGCAUGGCCAGCUUACAAAGAAGCAGGGGCUGAUAAUCUGAUUCCUAUGGAGUUGGCAUUGAAGAUUACCAGUAAAAUUAGAGCAAAGGAGAGAUUUGCUGUUUAUGUUGUCAUACCAAUGUGGCCUGAGGGUGUUCCCACUUCUGUCUCUGUGCAAGAAAUUCUCUUUUGGCAGGGACAAACAAUGCAAAUGAUGUAUGAAAUCAUAGCAAAAGAAUUGAAAGCCAUGGAUCUUGAGGAUCAACAUCCACAAGACUACUUGAACUUUUAUUGUCUUGGUAAUAUGGAAGAACCAUCCUUGUCAGAUUCAAGUGGUAGUGGUAAACAAAAUUUUUCCAUAACCAAUUUUCAGGAUUCAGCCUCUCAAAAAUAUCGACGUUUUAUGAUUUAUGUACAUUCCAAGGGAAUGAUAGUAGAUGAUGAAUAUGUUAUAUUGGGUUCAGCCAAUAUUAAUCAACGAUCUUUGGCUGGUUCAAGAGAUACUGAAAUAGCAAUGGGUGCAUACCAGCCCAGUCACACAUGGGGCAAUAAGGGGCGGCAUCCACGAGGCCAGGUAUUUGGAUACAGAAUGUCACUUUGGGCAGAACACUUGGGGUACAUUGAUAGAUUGUUUGAAGAGCCUGAAACUUUGGAUUGUGUGAAGAAAGUGAGCAUGAUUGCUGAGGAUAACUGGAGGAGAUACACAGAGGAGACGUUUUCCCCAUUGCAGGGGCACCUCCUUAGAUACCCUUUGCAGGUAGAUAGUAACGGCAAACUAAGCACGUUGCCUGGACAUGAGAAUUUCCCGGACGUAGGUGGAAAGGUGCUUGGAGUUCGUACAAACAUUCUCGAUGUAUUAACUACAUAGCAAGUCGAGGCCCCUGUUUCUAGUUCACAAGGUAUCACUUUGAUUGCUAAGGGGUAGGCUAUAAUUUUAUACUGUGGCAUGAAACUCAGAAACUAUAGGAGCCUUUUGAGAGUCUUAAAUUGAUUACUCCGGGCUAAUUCUGAGUUACUGCCAAUCUUGGUGUAUAGAACACAAUGCCAUUGUAGCAUUUCCCAAGAGUUUUCUUUUUUUCCCUUUA